CUGAGGAGAAAGGGCAGCAACUUCCUGCUGUUGUCUCGGAAAAAGAAACUUUCCCUUUAUCGAGUAGAUUCAAACUUACAUUUCUUUUAAUCGACAAUGCCUGUUGUUUCCGAAAUAACCUAACAGUUCCCUCCUCCUGCCUCGAGGUCAUAAUAUGUGGGCUGAAGAAAAACAAUGCAAAAACAUGGCCUCAGUUUUCCUGAACCACCCAGAAGACAGCAGCUGUGUGGUUCGCAGAAGCUAAUAUAAACCAGCAGUGGCUGUUUUCCAGCAUUUUCUGAUCUUGCAUCAAUGAUCAUGCAGUCGGUCAUGGACCCACCUGCACCAGAGGUUAACAACCCACCACCGCCUGAGGUUACAAAUGCCAAUAAGUUAGGCCGAAGGACCAACCAGCUUCAGUUCAUGCAGCGUGUCGUGGUCAAGGCUGUGUGGAGGCACCAUUUUGCCUGGCCUUUUUACCAUCCUGUUGAUGCUGUGGCUCUUAAACUACCAGAUUAUCAUACCAUAAUAACAAACCCUAUGGACUUGGGAAGCAUCAAAAGACGCCUCGAGAAUAACUACUAUUGGAGUGCCAGUGAAUGUUUGCAGGACUUCAACACUAUGUUCACCAACUGCUACAUUUAUAACAAGCCUACAGAUGACAUUGUGCUGAUGGCUCUUGCAUUGGAAAAGAUUUAUUUGCAAAAAGUUGCACAAAUGCCUCAGAAAGAAGUGGAGCUGUUGCCUCAUGCAGCCAAAGGGAAAACCAAAAAGAAAGGUUCAGGUCGGCAGGAGGGGACUACAUCCUUUUCAGCCAAAUCGCAGACACAGACAAAGCACACCGGCUCCAAUUCACCUUCAAAGCCCAAAGAGGCUUCACAGUCCAACACUAAGAAAGGCCUAAAGAAGAACAAUUCAGUUAUUGAUGCAUCAAGGCCGAAUGAGUCUCCAGAAAGCAAGAGAAGACGGGAAAUCCCAGACCAUUCCAACCUCCUGCAUGUCAGCGAAAAAGACUUGGCGCUCCAAGACGGUGAGACGAUCCAACUCCGAUACUGUGAGGAAAUCCUGAAGGAAAUGCUCUCUAAGAAGCAUGUAACGUACGCCUGGCCUUUCUACAAGCCUGUGGAUGCUGAAGCUUUGCAGCUGCAUGACUAUCAUGACAUCAUUAAAUACCCAAUGGAUCUCAGUACUGUCAAGGCAAAAAUGAAGAGAGGAGAGUACCAGGAUGCUCAAAGAUUUGCUGCGGACGUCAGGUUAAUUUUCUCCAACUGCUACAAAUACAACCCGCCACACCUUGAGGUUGUGGCAGGGGCCAAGAAGCUUCAGGAUGUGUUUGAGAAAAGAUUUGCUAAAAUUCCGGACGUGCCCAUCAAGAGCACUUCACAGGUGAUCUACAGUCCGCUUCUUAGUGGGCUGACCGCCACAGUCUCUUACACUUUGGACAAAUCUGAUGAACAAGUCAACCAACUGCCAGCGUUGCAACAACAGCUUGAAGAUGUUCACAAACAGCUUAAUAUGCUCUCGGAAGUCCCACCAAGGAAGAAGGCUGACAGGAGACAAAGUAAAGACAGCACUGAAUGUGUUCAUAUUGACAGCUAUCGGAAGUCAAAGAAUCGAGGUGACGACUCUGAUGAAGAAUCUCUGCAAAUGACGUACGAUGAGAAGCACCAACUGAGCCUCGACAUAAACAGACUAUCUGGCAUAAAGCUGGGCCAGGUGGUGCGCAUCAUUCAGACACGAGAGUCAUCAAUAUGUGACGCCAACCCAGACGAGCUCGAAAUCGACUUUGAGAUACUGAAGCCGUCAACUCUGCGUGAACUGCAGCAAUAUGUCCGCUCUUGUCUAUCCAAGAAGUUUAAGAGAUUUCAAAAGAAGAGGUGUCAAAUUGGGCCUCAGCAGAUGGAAAGCAGCAGCUCCUCAGAUUCCUAUUUCAACAGUUCUUUGGACUCCAGUUCAGAAAAUUCUGACUUGUGACAGCGUCAAUCGUUUUUAUCCUUUGACUUCUCCAGAUUAUGUAUAGUACAGUAUAUAUUAUUUUGUUAUAUUUUAAUAAAAACACCUUUUUACA